UCGGUUCGGACGAGCGGCCGUCGUUCGUGUGGCUGGUGCCGCCGCUGGUGGCCAAGCUGCCGGCCGAGGCGCAGGCGCGUAUCCUGCAGGCCGCCAUCCAGGUGUUGGAGUCGGCCAGCUGGACGCGGCGGGGCGCCACGCCGGCGGCGCCCGGUCCCGCCGCCCACCAGCCCUUCAAGCAGCUGGUGCUCAGCUGUGUGCGCGGACACGAGGAGCAGCGUGACGAGCUGGUCAGCUCGCUCCAGGUCCAGUUCCAGCAGUUCCUCUCCAGGGAUGGCAAGGACGAGUCAAAAGAUAAGGAAGAGAAGCGAAAGGGCGCCGAAAGCAACAAGAAGGAGACGGUGUUCCCGGACGAGAACAAGACCGGACCGCACGUGUACAGUGCGCUCCAGCUGCGCUUCAGUCUGCUGGGCGGCGUGUUCGACGCCAUCCAGCGCGGCAGCCUCAGCUGCACCGACACCUGGGUUGUGCUGCUGGCCCAGCUGGUCACCAACGGCGUCGUCACGCUCUACAACAACAGUGACAUGUACACCACCGUGGUGGACAUGAUGGCCACCCUGAUCCACUCGGCCGUCGUGGGAGACUCGCAAGCCGAGAAGCCCGAGGAGAACAAGCGCCACUACCAGACGCUGGCCAAGAAGCUGCGCAAGGAGCUGGGCGACAGACGCGGCGUGUCCAUCAAAUACCUGCGCCAGUUCUUGCCCAUCCCCAAGAAGACGGUGGAGGUGAUAAACUGCGAACUCAAGUCAGCGCCGCUGCCCGGCUUCGAGAGCUUCGAGAAGCGCCGGGGCCUGAUCCUGGUGGACAAGCAAAAGGUGUCUCCCUGGGAUCUGCUGGAGGGCCACCGGAACCCGGCGCCGCUCAGCUGGUCUUGGUUCGGCGCGCUCAAACUGGAGCGCUCGCUCAGCAAGUACGAGGAGGUCUUCAAGAUGAUGAGGUUCCACCGGCACAACGGCAUGAUCAAGCUGGACAGCUACUAUCUGGAGCCGCCGCCGCUGCCGCCCGAGGACCUCGAGCCCGUCCCCGAGAAGCAGGUCUUUCCUCCCAAGGCGCAGAAAGAGGAGGCCAAGGUGCCCGAGGUGCCCAGCUGCGACUCGCCGCGUGGCAACAAGCGGGCUCGCGGCGGCGCCCAGCGCAAGAAGCGCGAGCGCCCCAACCGAUCGCUCAGCAACUCUGGGAUCAUGGCGCCGCGCAUGAACACGCCGCCAAUGACCGGCAUGGGGCCGUACCCGUCAGCCAGCCUGUACCCGGGCGAGCCGCAGUGGGGCUUCCCGCAGCAGCAGGCGCCCCAGGCCGCCGCGCCCUACUACCAGCAGCCGCCGCUGGGCCCCGGUGGCGGACCCCGCUUCCAGACGUCGGCCAGCAAGCAGGCCAUCUCGCAGAUGCUGCGCAACCGGCAGCCGAACGCCUUCAUGCAGCCGCAGCCGCAGCCCGGCUACCCCAGCAUGCACAUGCAGGACAAGCAGCUGCAGCUGCGCCAGCAGCAGAUGCACUUCAGGGACCAGAUCCGCGUGCAGCACGGUGCGCCCGUGUAUGCACCGCGCCAGAUGCCUGGCCCGCCGGCGCCCGGGCCGGGCAUGCCGCAGACCAUGUACCCCAGCAUGAACCAGGGCUACAACCCGGCGUACAUGGCGCAGCAGGCGCCGCAGCCCAGCCAGAUGCUGACGCAGGGAAACCCCAACACCCUGGCGUUCAGCAGCCAGCAGGGUCAGCCUGGCCAGCAGUCGGCCAUGAUGCAGCAGCAGCAGCAGCCGGCUAUGAUCCCCAUGCGCUCUCAGCAGCAGCCGGGCCCAGCCGGCUACAUGGGACAGAUCAGACCCAGUACAAACUACAUGCAGGCGCCGAACGUGACCGUGAACACGAUGCCGGGCGCCCAGUACCGGGGCAUGGCACCCGGCCCCCCGGCCGCCGGCAUGCAGCAGCGCAUGCGCCACCCCAUGAUGAUGCAGCAGCAGCCCACGCUGAUGAACCAGCUGCGCCAGCCCAGCCUGGCUCAACAGCAGCAGCAGCAGCAGCAGCAACAGCAACAGCAGCAGCAACAACAGCAGCAGCAACAGCAGCAACAGCAGCCCCCGCAACAGCACAACCCGUACCAGUACCACCACCCGUGAGGCGGCGGUCGACAGCUGCCGUCGCUGGCUGGAGACGCGCUGGCCCGACAGGCUACGGCCGGCCAACGACAGUGCCCCGGCUUUCCGGCUCGGACGCCGCUGUUGUUCUGGCGUGGUCCGCCGCCGCCGCCGGCUGUUGCGCGGCGCUAGCCAGCUGCUGGACCGCUGU